CCCCCUCUCUAUAUAUGUAUAUGUGUCGUGCGUGUAUAAUAUAACUCAAAACUUUAUAUAUCUAUGUGUGUGUGAGUGUGUGCUCGCGAUUGUAUAUAUAUCUCAUUCGGAACUGCGUAUACGUUCGCGCGCUCUUUUAUGAAGGUGUGAUCAUCAGUAAAGAAGAUGUGCGAGUUCUGUAGGACAGUCAAACGUCAUGGGAGGGUACACGUUUUAUGCUCAGCCAACCCCAAGCACAAGCAACGUCAAGCAUGUCAACAUUUGCAUAUGAAGGCCCACUGCUUCCCAUGGACUGGUGCCAAGCCAGAGACCUCCCUCAAUCACAGCUUACAGACUGGUUUGCAUUCUCUUAUACCCAAAAAACUGAACCCUCUAUGGUAUUUGGAUGGAGAGCGAGUCUCGCAUCUCUGCUAUUCAAACAGGGUACACAAGCAGUGUAAAGCAUAGCUGGGGAAUUAUGUGUUGAGUAUUGACAAAUGGUACCUGCUUUAGGCCUCCUUGGAUUAUGGUUUUGGUUAUGUUGGUUCUGCUCUAUGCUUAUUAUGCUAUUUUUCUCUAUGAGAACAUAUUUUUAUGGAAAAUAAAUAAUAGUUCAAAAAAGAACUUGGGCAUGCCAUCUAAACCACUAUAUUCUGUUCGAUCGCUGGGAAUCCGUAGGGAAAUACUACAAAUUUGGUGUGUUCAAAACCUUUUUUUUUUUCUUUCUUUUCUCAUUUGGGAAUAACAGGAAUCAUGAUUCCAGAAUUGAGAUGCUGCAUGUUACAGAACAAUUAGCUCCUUUUUUUUUUUUUUUUUUUUGUAGGAAUAGGAAAUAGAAUAUUAAAGGAGAAAAAAUGGAGAAAGAAAUUGUGAUUAAUUUCCUUGCUUUGUUUGGUUUAAUAAGAGAAUAUAUAUAUAUAUAUUUAAAUGAAUUGUUGUAUAAAUGAAAUAUAUACAAAGGCACAGAGUGCACUCCCUCAUAAAAUAGGAAACAUCAUAAUUUUUUUUUUUUUUUUGAUAGGAGAACAUGGACAAAUCGUGAAAAGGAAGGGAAGGUAAAAAAAUAAAAAUUAUCAACUUAUUAUUUUCCUUUAUUUGACUGGGAAAAGAAAAAAAAAUAAAAAUAAAAAUGGAAAGAUUUUAAAGAUUUUCUGUUCAUUUCUGUUCUAUUCCUUCUUACGAAAUGGGUUAGAAAAGACUUGCUGUGUGGAAGUCCUACCUGUUCUAUGACUUUAAAUCAACUUUUGACAAAUGAACUCAUCAUUUAUGUAUUUUCUGUCUAUUCAAGGUAUUGAGAAAAAAAAAAAAACAAAUUGUACUUAACAAUAAUUACUAUACUAUUUAUUUAUUUUGCAUUAAAAUGACUACUUAAUGACUCCAAAAUUUUCUUCCUUAACACUCAUUAAUUAGUGGUCAUCUCGGACUUAAUCAAUGAGCAGGCUGUUGAAAAUGAAUUCAUUCCCAUUGACAAAUUGUUACAUGCGUGCUUGACUGGUUACAGUAAUCCAGUCAAAGAAUUGACUUUGCAAUAGAGAUAAGAUUCAUGAAUUGUUUUUGACUCUUAGAAUUAUUAAUGUGGUGGUUGUGAAAAGAGUGUAAAUUUAACAUACUCCAUAGCCUCCACGAUUAUUAACUAUUAGUAGAUCAUUGACUAUGUCCAGAAAAGAACUGUACUUUAUGGUUGUCUUUUAACUAAGUUAAUUUUUUUUUUUUUUUUUUUUUUUUUUAAUAGAUAUAUUAAAAAAAAAAAAAAAAAUGUUUCCCCAUUUCAGUGUUAAUUAUUAUUAUUUUUAAAACAAAAAAAGUCUUAUUGAAAACCCCAGAAAACCCAAGUGAAGUGGAGAUGAAACCGAGAGAGACUGGAACUUAUUGAUUAGUAGUAGGCUAGUUUGAAUUUUUUAUGCAUAGGAGUUGUGUUGCAGUGUUCACAUGCAUUUUGACUUUAAUUCAUAUCAGCAUACCCACCCUUGAGUAGUCAAAACACCUUGAACUAAAAGUGUUGUCCAUGCCAUGGAUAUAGCAAAGCAGGCCUGAUGAAGAAGAAGAAGAAGAAGAAGAUUCAUCUUAAGUCCCAUGAAUUAAGAUUCAUCUUAAGAAGAAGAUUCCAUGAAAAUUCAAGCAAGAAAUGAGGUAUUGCCGAAUGUCUUCCAAUAUUCAGCAUCCAUAUGUUUGUCACUUGUCCUUAUGUCCUUUGCCUCUGCCCAUGUUCCAAUGAUUGGCCAAAUUAAACCAGAAUUUGCAGGGUCUUCGCUGAACUGGAUUGAUAAUGGUGGUAUGUUUUUGUUCUCCAACAACUCAGUUUUCAGUCUUGGAUUCAUUACUCCGCAGAAAGAUAACAAUUUGAAUUCACUUGUUAUAAUUCACUAUCCUAGUUCAAGAAUUGUCUGGACUGCCAACAGAGGCUCCACCCUUACAGGUUCUGAUAAAUUUGUGUUUGACAAAACUGGGAAUGCAUACUUGGAGAAACAAGGAGGUAUAGCGUGGUCCACAGCUACUGCAGGUAAAGGAGUUACUGCCAUGAAGUUGCUUGACUCUGGCAAUUUGGUUUUGAUUGGUAAUGAUUCUAAACCGCUUUGGCAGAGUUUUAGCUAUCCCACAGACACCCUUUUACCGAAUCAAAUUUUCUUUGAUGGAAUGAGACUUGUAAGUGAGCCCAAUAUCAACAACUUUAGCUUUUACCUGGAAAUGAAGUUGGGGAAAGUGAUUCUCUAUGGAGGAUUCAAAACUCCUCAGCCUUAUUGGUCUCUGGCAAAGGAGAUGCGGAAAAUCAUUAACAACGAAUAUGGGGAAAUCACCUCAGCUUCGAUUUCCAAUUCUUGGAAAUUCUUUGAUCGCAACCAGACUCUAGUCCAACAAUUUGUGUUCUCAAACAAUAAUAGUCCUAAUCUUACCUGGGCUGCAGUUUUAGGAUCUGAUGGUUUUAUCUUAUUCUACAAUCUACAAAAUGGGGGCUCCAUUGGUGCAGAACCAAUAAAGAUACCAAACGGUGAUCAGUGCAGCAUGCCUGAACCUUGUGGUCCUUAUGGUAUUUGUGAAAAUAACAAUACUUGUCGAUGCUUUCCAGGGUUUGAAACCUUUCCAAGUUGCAACCCUUGGAUCUCCUCUCCUUGCAAUGGCUCAAAAAGUUCGGAAGUGUUAUUAGAAAUGGGGGAUGAAGUCGACUAUUUUGCUCUGGAGUUUAUUACACCAUUUCCCAACUUCAGUCUUUCUGGUUGCGUGGAUGUCUGCCUUGGUAAUUGUUCAUGCCUCAUGUUGUUCUUCGAAAACAAAUCCGGGAAUUGCUUUCUGUUUGAUGAGGUGGGAAGCUUAAGACGGCGGGAUCAACAAGGCUCCUCCAGGUUUCUUUCCUAUACUAAAAUCCCUAGUAACAAAGAUCACAUGCUAAACCCCAGAGCACGAGAGAGCAGUAGCAAGAAACACUUGCUCCUCAAUUUAAUUAUUACAUCUGCAGUUUUGUUACCUAUUGUUGGUUUACUAUUUUUGGGAGUCUGGUACCAUCAGAAAAGCAAAAGAGUAUUUGGAUCUUUUAAAGAUGUCAUGGGAGAGGAGGAUUUCUCUUCCCACAUUGCUUUGGAAGAAAUGGACAGUUUAUCUCAUAUGCCCAUCCGAUUUCAAUACAAAGAUCUUCAAGCCGCCACUAACAACUUCUCUGUGAUACUCGGGCAUGGUGGGUUUGGCUCCGUUUAUAAAGGGAUGCUUAAAGAUGGGACUCAAAUUGCUGUGAAGAAGCUGGAGGGUGUUGGUCAGGGUAAGAAAGAAUUUCAAGCCGAAAUCACCACCAUAGGCAGUAUUCGCCAUGUCCACUUGGUGAAGCUCAGAGGCUUCUGUAAAGAGGGGACUCACUGCCUUCUUGCUUACGAGUACAUGACAAAUGGGUCUUUGGAUAGAUGGAUCUUCAACGACGGCCGUGAAGGUUUAACAUUGGACUGGGAAACAAGAUUCAAAAUAGCUCUGGGAAUGGCAAAAGGAUUGGCUUAUCUCCACGAGGGCUGCAGUGUAAAGAUUGUUCACUGUGACAUAAAACCCGAAAACGUGCUUCUCGAUGACAACUACCAAGCCAAAAUUUCUGAUUUUGGUUUGGUAAAGCUGAUGACAAGGGAACAAAGUUGUGUGGUCACAAUGGCAAGAGGUACAAGGGGUUACUUGGCACCAGAGUGGGUAACAGACAUUCCCAUAUCAGAGAAGAGUGACGUAUAUAGCUUUGGCAUGGUUUUGCUUGAAAUCAUUGGGGGAAGGAGGAACUUCAAGCCAGAGGUGAGUUCAGAGAAAGCCCACUUCCCCACUUAUGCCCUCAGGAUGCUAGAAGAAGGGAGGCUGAAAGAGAUACUUGAUUCAAAGCUUAAUACUGAUGAAAGCGACGAGAGGGUACUUACUGCAACUAAAGUUGCUUUGUGGUGCAUACAGAGGGACAUGUCGCUAAGACCAUCCAUGGGUAAAGUAGUUCAAAUGCUUGAAGGAUCCUGUGCUGUAGCUCUACCUCCUCAGAUGGUUUCCCACUUCUUUGAAAAUUUUGUUAAACCUAUCAGAGAGGAGUGCGUUUCAGUUGGAUCUCCAAGCUGCCACAGUGGUGCAGAUCUUUCUGAUGCGCAGUUAUCUGGUUCAAGAUAAUAAGAGAUUAAGCUUUUGAGAAAGAAGUGGUAAAAUGAACAAGUUAUUAUGUUGUUAAGAUACCUAUAUUAUUAUCAUUUUGUUUGGAGCUUCGAUUUAUUUAGUAUCCCAAACAAUUGAUCAAGUCUGAUAGAUACAUUCUUGGUUGAUUUAGGACAUAAGACAUCUAUUAUUAUUCUUUGUUUAUUUUCCAUCAAUAUGAAGGUGAUAUAAUAUUCCAAAUUUUCUUUUGUUAA